AUGGCGGGACGGGCCGAGACGCGAACCCCUGAGCCGCCCGACCGCGACGAACACGAAGAUUCACCUCCACGAUUGGCGAGGCCGAAACGCACCACAAGGCCACCAAAUAACUAUGCUGGAGAGCAAGAGAUCGACAACGACCAGAGAACGACACGCUCUCAGCUGAGGAAGAAAAUGCAAGAUAAGCCAGCAACUCAACGUGACGCGGUCACUUCGGACGACUCCGCGACGGAGAGCGAGGACCUUAACACCGCCACACUCGUGAAGGAGCUUAUUAAACUCCGGCGAGAGAUCAGGCGACGCGAUGAAUUGCACAAGGAAGAGCUUUAA